AUGAAGCAUCUCGUCCUCGUGCUUCUGGGCCUUGUGUUCGUCGGUGCCGUUGGUGAUAGCGCCACACAGCGGCCGGUGGUGCAGGCGAUAUUCGUGCUGGGGGACUCGACGCUGGACGUGGGCAAAUACAACCAUCUGCCGGGGAAGGACGUGCCCAGGGCGAAUCAACCCUUCUACGGCAUCGACUUCCCCGGCGGUGCAAAGGCCACUGGGCGGUUCAGCAACGGUUACAACAUCGCCGACUUCGUGGCGAGGCAGCUGGGGUUCAAGAGGAGCCCCCUGGCUUACCUGGUGCUGAAAUCACGCAACUAUCUCAUCCCCAGCGCUCUCACCAGAGGAAUGAGCUACGCCUCGGCGGGAUCCGGGAUCCUCGAGCCCACUAACGCCGGAAAGAACAUACCGUUAUCGAAGCAGGUGCAAUACUUCGCGUCCACCAAGGCCGAGAUGGAGGUUGUGUGGGGCGGUCGUAAAGUCUCCAAGCUCAUCGCCAGCUCCUUCUUCCUCUUGGGCACCGGCAGCAACGAUCUCUUCCAGACCAGACCAAAGUCCCAAGCUGAUGUUGCAGCGCUAUAUGCCACCCUCGCCUCAAACUACUCUGCCGCCAUCAUUGACCUGUAUGGGAUGGGAGCAAGGAUGUUUGGGAUCAUUAACACAGGUCCAGUAGGGUGUGUGCCACGGGUGCGUGUGUUGAACGCGACGGGGGCCUGCAACGAUGGAAUGAACCGUCUCGCUGCCAGGCUCGCCGCGGCGAUCAAGUCCGGCCUCGCCACCACGCUCACCACGACCAGGCUCCCAGGCCUCAAGUACUCCCUCGCCGACUCUUUCGCUGCCUCACGGGCCAACUUCGACAACCCCCAAGCAGCCGGGUUUGUGAACGCCGAUAGCGCGUGCUGCGGGAGCGGUAGGCUGGGCGCGGAGGGUAAGUGCAUAAGGAACGCGACACUGUGCAGUGAUCGUGAUGCAUAUGCUUUCUUUGACAACGUUCACCCCAGCCAGCGGGCUGCUGAGAUGAGUGCACAUGCGCUCUUCGUGGACGGCCCGACACAGGUCACCGCACCCAUCAGCUUCAAGGAGCUAGCACACGAGAGAUGA